GCCUACUUCAAGAGAAACUUCCCGGCCGUAAGCUUGAAUGAGAUGGCAAGAAGGGCGAUAGCAAACGGUGAUGGCAAACGUCCCUGGGAACAGCCAGCCCUGUCCGCGGGUAGCACGGUGGUAGAAAAAUGAGCCAGGGAGAAUUUGCCGCUCAUUCCGCCAACGCCUACUGCAGUCGGGUUUACAGCAGGGAACCCGACAACGCGGCGCAGACUCCGUUGUCUAUAAGGGCGAGGACCUUAACCGGGCCUCGUGCCAGAACCACUGGGCGUGGGGUGGAGCGCGGCCUAGCGGCUGCCUUUAACAAAACAACAAAAACUCGGAAAAGCGGGCGCUGUUCCCGCUGAGGCCGGAUUGAUGGCAGGUGCUAGGCGAGGAAAGCUAUGGCAAGAGCUGCCCAGGCAGGGACGACAGCUCCUGCAAAAGCCUUGAGAUGGGAAGCGGGAUCCGGGGUUCGAAAUAAAGCCAUUGUAGCUAAAACGUGGAGCAGUCAGGCGAGGGAAGGCAAGGAAUAGAGCACUUAAAAGAUUUGAAGACACGCCUGCAAGACUCGGUAGUCGUUUAGAACAGUGGUUCUCAAAAUGUGGUUCCUGGGCCAGCAACAGCCAUAUCAUCUUGUCUCUUGUUAGAAAUACAAAUUCUUCGGUCCCACCUCAAGCCUACUGAUUAGUAACUCGGCCUGGGACCCAGUAAUUUGUUUUCACAAGCCCCCAAGGUGAUUCUCGCCUACAAUUAAGUUUAAGAACUACUGAUUUAAAGGAAUAGGAGGAAAGGAGGAACCCUGGUCUAACCUGCCUGCCUCUGUGAUAGUUCAUGCUUGUUCCAGUAAUGGAAGGAGGAAAGAAGGGUUAUUUUUUUGUCGAAAUUUAACUUCCUUUUGCCUGAAAGCAUUUGAGCACAGUGAUGUUCGGAGUCAGGGCUGGUUCUGUCUUCCUCUCCCCAGAGGAAAGCAGAGGAGUACUUGCGCCUGUCCCGGGUGAAGUGUGUCGGCCUCUCUGCGCGCACCACGGAGACCAGCAGUGCAGUCAUGUGCCUGGACCUUGCAGCUUCCUGGAUGAAGUGUCCCUUGGACAGGGCUUAUUUAAUUAAACUUUCUGGUUUGAACAAGAAGACAUAUCAGAGCUGUCUUAAAUCGUUUGAGUGUUUACUGGGCCUGAAUUCAAAUAUUGGAAUAAGAGACCUAGCUGUACAGUUUAGCUGUACAGAAGCAGUGAAUAUGGCUUCAAAGAUACUAAAAAGCUAUGAGUCCAGUCUUCCCCAGACACAGCAAGUAGAUCUUGACUUAUCCAGGCCACUUUUCACUUCUGCUGCACUGCUUUCAGCAUGCAAGAUUCUAAAGCUGAAAGUGGAUAAAAACAAAAUGGUAGCCACAUCCGGUGUAAAAAAAGCUAUAUUUGAUCGACUGUGUAAACAACUAGAGAAGAUUGGACAGCAGAUCGACAGAGAACCUGGAGAUUUAGCUGCCCCACCACGGAAGAAAAAGAAGAUAGUGGUUGAAGCCCCAGCCAAGGAAAUGAAGAAGGUAGAGGAGAUGCCACAUAAACCACAGAAAGAUGAAGAUCUGACACAGGAUUAUGAAGAAUGGAAAAGAAAAAUUUUGGAAAAUGCUGCCAAUGCUCAAAAGGCUACAGCAGAGUAAUUUCAGCUUCCAGACUGGUAUGCAUUCCAAACUGAUAGUACAUUGCCACCUCCAGGAAGACUUGAGAGCUUUGGGAUUUUGUUUAAACUUUUAUAACAAGGAUCCUAAGACUAUUGCCUUAAUAGCAAAGCAGCCUACCCGGAGGCUAAGUCUGGGCAGUGGGCUGGUCCCUGGUGUGGGCAUUAGACCAGCCACAGCGCCUGAUUGGUAUAGCCUCAUGCGCUCUCCUACAAAAUGGAAUUGGAGGCCGGGUGCAGUGGCUCAUGCCUGUAAUCCCAGCACUUUGGGAGGCCAAGGUGGGUGGAGCUCGAGACCAACCUGGCCAACGUGGUGAAAUCCCGUCUCUACUAAAAAUAUAAAAAGUAGCCAGGUAUGGUGGUACGUGCCUGUAAUCCCAGCUCCUCAGUAGGCUGAGACAGGAGCAUCACUUGAACCUGGGAGGCGGAGGUUGCAGUGAGCCGAGAUCGCACCACCACACUCUAGCCUGGAUGACAGAGCGAGACUUAUCUCAAAAUAAAUAAAUAAAUAAAUGGAAUUGGAGUCAUUUUGCUUUGUUUUAAAUAAAUGGCAGUCCCUUGUCUUAUUCAGAAUAUAAAACUCAGUCUGAAAGACAUCUUACAGAUUUUUACUUCAGGUUUUGUGCGAGGUAUUUAUUGUACAGCCUAACUUAAUAAAUGUUAUUUGUAUAUGCA